GUUUCAACGGUGUCCAACGGUUCGGAUACAGCAUCUCUAUCUGCAAGAUAACGCAUCAAGAAAGGGUAGCGACAGGAAGCCACUCUAACGAUGCCCAACCGUCGCGAAUCAGGCAUACACCUAAGUAUUCGUCAAAUGUAACAGGAUAUUGACAAUCAAUCGUGCCUGUUACGUUCAUAGCCGGACAAGGAGAGAUGCUGGGUACCUGUCAUGUAUUUACUUGCAUGUACGGAUACACACCAUGCUUUGGAGCAACCAUUAGACUAGGCUCUCAGGCACAACACCAAGAGCCAUCGAGCGUGGCGGCGAGCCGUGUCUGCCACCAAAUGAAUCUUGAGUGUUAAUAGCCGCUGGACACUCAAAACAAUUGCCGCAUCAGCCUCUAUUAAUAAAGACCGCGGUUCUCCUAACAUUUGCAGUGUUGCUAAUGUUUUUCAGACAGACGCUAUCGAACAUGGGCGAAUGAGAUCCUCCCAACAACACCUGGUCUAGACCUAUUCGAUCUUAAACAUCAGGUGCACCAUUCUCCUUUUUACUGGCCUGCCCUUCGCAAACACCUGGCCCACGCAUUGACAGGCAGGCAUUAGGAAGGUGCAGCAGGCCCCAGUCCCUGCCCGCUUCUGCCUCUGUCGUGCGACCCCGUCUUUUCAGUCCCUUCCCCGUCCCAUCGCUUCAACCCGAUCUUCACUCUAUCAUACAAUUGCUAACGCGAUUUUUGGUAGUGCGUCUCGCCCACUCGCUCGCUCACCUAUGCAGUUAUUACAUUCUUUAUUUCUUUCUUAGUGCUUGUUGUAUUCUUUCGUUCGAGUUACAGGAGGCCGGCACAGAUAACCGCCGCUUCACUAAUUACCCAUCUCUCGCUUGCUAUCUUCACUCCGCGCCCCCCUUGCCAGGACAGGACGCGGUAUAUCCCUUCAGACGUACUCAUAACUAUCGAGCAAUAAGUCGCCUCCUACUUCCAGGUUCUCGAAGAAAACACGCCUGUUUUUCUAAGCGCUAUUUCAUAACGGGAGCAUACAUCUGCUAAAUCAAGGCUCGACCUCCCCCUUUGACAUUCCUAAGCAUCCUCGAUAUACGCAACUUAUCUCACCCGCCCUUGAUCGAUCUCAAAACGAAAUUUCACACAAUCAUUCGGUUUUUCCCAACGCCUGUCUCACGAGAGAUCCUUCUCCAACAAUACUUGACAUCGAUUUCAAGGACGUAUUUUGUUUGGACAACCAUUCUUAGAGAUAGCCGUUUGAAACGACUAGUUCAGCAUGAGACCGAUCAACUACCUACCGAGACCGGACCUUUUGGUCUCGGUGUUUGCCUCCGUUUCACUGUAUGGUGGCCUGGCUAUGGCCCAAGAUACCAAGGAUGACCCCAAGAAUAAUGACCCAUCUGCUGUUCCUGAGGCGACCGAUUCGAAGAAUAGCGAUGCCAAUAAACCCACCAAUACAGCUGCUGAGCCAGCUAGUACUGAGACGAAGGAUAACGCGAAGCCUGCGUCAACAAAAGACGAGCAGCCUUCGAAAACGGAGGAAAAAGAAAAGUCCAAGUCUACUGCGGAAGAGGAUCAGGCCAGUACUGCGACAGGAGAGGGUCCAACCAAAACCAAAGACGUUCAGUCCACAAUCACAUCCAUCGCCUCUUCUGGCACGGAAGAAGCUAUGCCUACCUUGACAAGAUACAAGCCAAUUCCUACUUAUCCAGCUCCUUCUGUUCCCCCUACUAACAACGCUCCUUUCAUGCGGCACUCGAGUGCCCCUGACGGAACCGUAUUUAUUGCAGUUGGGGCUAUCCUUGGCGCUCUUGGGCUCGCCAUCCUACUCUGGCGUCUUAUCGUUGGCAUCCUCCUUCAUCGGUCUGUUGAGCGAGCAGCCAAGGCCCAACAUGACGAGAACGCAAAGACAGGCUUUCCUGCGCCCCCUGCGCCCUUCUAUAAAUACACUGAUACCGGAUCGACAAUGUCUCUCUCUGCUGGUCGCGGCGUGCGACGAACCACCCGUGGACCUGUUCUAUCGUCAACCCCUAGCGCCUCCAACCUGUUUUUCUCCCCAACUGCCGCAGCAUCAGGCAAUGGGGCUGGCAAUCGUGGCUCUGCAUUUUUACCAUCUGGCUUUUAUGCGGCUGGCACCAGCUCUCCCGGUGGCCAGCAUGAUAAUAACAUCAGCAUGACCAACUUACGCCCUGAUUCUCGCGGUCACUUUGGCACUCCUUCACGACAUACCUUAAAUCCAAGUCCUCCAGAGUCACCUUCAUUCCAAGGCCGAAGGGACAUCAGCAACUCGACCCUCAAUCUCAAUCGACCACCAAGCCAACGCGCCCCUAGUGCGUUCCUCGAAGAUCUUCUCGCUGACGAUCCUUCGAGUCUGCCGCCUCCACAUAUGCCUGCUUCGACUGCCAGGCGCUCAUCGUAUGGCAGUGGCUCCCCUGGCGCGCACAACCGAAUCUAAACCGGUAUCAAGCGACUUCUAUCAUGGAAAACUUUACAUGUGAGCGAUAUUAUGCUUAAUCGUCCUUGUUACCAGAGAAAACAUUUGGUGUUACAGGAGGGGCGUCACCUUCGAAUCAUUUUACAACAGCGGCGUCAAGAGACUGGCAUUUUUCUCAUCAGGAUAUGGCUUGCGGAUAAUUCGAUACUUAGUCAUGAGAGGACACAGGUGUAAUGAUCCUCGGUAAUGUGUACGUGGGGGUUACGGGUAGAGUUUUGGGUUAUUGUCGACGAUGGAAUAGUUCAGCAUGGCUGUAGGCAAUGGCGUAGCUUCGAGCCCUGACCCCGUCCGCUAUCAGACCACCAAAGUUCUACUCUAUGUUUGGAUAACUUGGGGGAGUUAACGGUUUUGAUCCAUACUCCAGAAAUAUCUUCUGGCUUUCUUAGUACAUAAUCCUCUUCAACAUGAUAUAUUCAUCUCCAUCUGUCUUCGAGCCAACCGAGUUUGUUUCUGUGACUAAUGGCAACCAAACCUGGGAGAUUACCAUGAAUUUGAUAGGUGACGGUACACCAAUCGUGGUAAUUCUGGAAGUUCCGGUAUGAAAGAGCAACGUUGAACAAGUGCGAUGUUUUCUUUUUACGAGAAUACGUUUG